AUGCCAGCUACCCCAGCCUUGUACGAUGUCUUCGCUCGGAGCGAUGAAGGUGCGUCAUCGGGCUCCGUUAAUAACGGCAAUGGCACCUUACAGCCCUUGGACGUUGUCUGUGCUUGGCCGGUGUCUUCCCAAUAUGGAGCUGGUUCACGGUUUCUGUAUUAUGUUCUUGUAGCCACUUGCGUUUUGCUACGAAAGGCAGAGUGGCUAAGAAAUGCUUGUCUCGCCGCUGCGCUGCUGGUCCCGUCGAUUGGUGCACUCCACGGCAUCGUGCUCGCGUUCUACCAUGUGAAUGGCGCCGUCGAUCUAGAUGUUUUUGGGGCCUGGCAGCUGUGCACAAUUGCCAUCAUUGCAGUACCGACCACUCUUCGCAUAUCGGGGACCUACUUUAACUCAGCUGGCCGCAACCUUGUCUUCCUGUGGACCAUUUUGCUCAUAUCGGGUCUGAUAGCGCUGUGCGUUGAGUUUUCGAGGGUUACAGCGACCGACUGCAGUCAUGACGAGGCUGGUAUACCGAACCUGACCGUUGGGAAAUUUCCAUACGGUAACACGACAUGCAACUUGACAUGCUCAGAAGACACUGGGCCCUACUCUGACAUGCGCGGUGGUUCAGCAAAGAAUAUAUAUGUCGUUCCGGUGCCGAGUGUAUUGACAUUUAAUGCUGCUAUGCUGAUCGCCGCGGGGGUUUGUAUACCUGCCAUCCUAAGUCUGAUGUUCACUUGGGACAAGAUCCUAGAGAGCAGCUAUAGGACUCGUCGAAAGACCCAGCACGAUUGCGAACAAUCACAACAGAGCGAUGCCAUCAAAAUUACUCCCCACGAUCUCAAGGGCAUCAACACUACAGUCACACGAUUCCUGGGUGUCAUUGAGAUACCACUCUUUGGAGGAAUCGUGUUAGCCAUACUCAUCGUAGGCGAGAUCAACUUUUUCAGUAACCAGCUAAUGUACAUGACCGAGCCUAUGGCUUCUAUAGGACAGUGGUCACCCAUUGCAGGUACAUGCAUGGCGGCGCUGGGCUCGUUAUACGUGUACUGGAGUAAGGAAGAGGUGUUUGUAACCUAUGGAGACCAAAAAGACCUCACAAAGCCCAUGUCUUCGCACUCAGGCCAUAGUGACAGGCCUCCUCUCUCGCGGAGGCGCUCCUCGGAAGAACCCUGCUCACCUACCCAAGCCAGAGCCAACACUGAGAUGCUACAACGACGUUCUAGUGAACGGAACGAACUGCAACCCAUCUUCACUUUUACCGGGGCAGACAACGAGUCAAUUCAACCCGAAUUCAUCGAACGGCUGCCCGAGACGGAUCAACUCGAUGUUCCACAAAGCCCCGGCUCCAGAUCGAGCGCCGGGCGGGGCCGUGUACGCGACUGGCUCGAAAGCACCAGCGUACGCCUGAGCGAAGCCACUCACCGCGAACUCGACACCAAAGAGCACAAGAACAAAAAAGCAUACAAGUACCCUAUGAUCCCCGGCGAAGACCGGGUAAACGAAGAUUUUGACAUCACCAGUAAGCAAUUCACCGAAAAGCGGCUACAGCGCGUGGCCAGCUCGGCGUCAAGCAUACGGUCGAAUGGGGAAGGCCCGUCGACGCCGUCGGCGAUCGUGGGGCGUGCGCGCGCAGAUACAGGGGAUGCGAUUGCGCCGGUGCAACGGCAGGAUACGCUGGAGGUCCCUGCAGUGGCGUAUCAUAGUCCUAAGCUAUGA